AUGGCGAUUCCGCGGUGCACCUCUUCCAGAGCGACAACGACGACGUCCACGACCACGCAGCGCUGCUCUCGGACGCGACAACGACCUCAAACGUCGUGCGGCACCCGAGCAUGCCUCCUUCCGUUUCUCGAGCUCCUCAAGCAAAACCCGCUCCACAUUCGGUGGGCCGGCUUUGUGUACUGGAAGCUUCUAUUUGGCGACGACUCGAUCAAGUUCACGAUCAACCGCCGAACGCUUCUGCAGUGCUACGCCACGCACGCGUACCCGCCUGUCGCGAUUGAAGCCAUGUUUGAGAGCUUCCUUUCGGCGCCACUACCCGCGAGCGCGACGCAUGCACCGGCGGACACGACGACACUCCAUUUGCGCGAGGUCGUGACCAAUGCAAGUCUGACGGACACGGAGUGUCUGCGGGCGGCGACGGUCCUUCCGCGGUUCCAGGACCACAAAUACCUUGUCGAUGUGGUCGCGCAGGAUGGCGCGCUCCGCGACCAGUACCGACGCCUCGUGGGCACCAAGGAGACCGCACCUCUCCUCAACGACCAUCUUCGCACGCACCUCAUGUACCUUCUCGUGUCGGUCGCGCCGGGCGUCGUGCACUCGUUCAGUGCGGGCGAGCUCGUGCUCCACCCGCUCGCACUGUACAUGCCGUCGUCGCUUGUGGUUGUGUCAUGGCUCAAGUCUAUCUUGGAUCGCGUGACGCAUCUCGUCGACAUUCAUGUGCCGCCCCACGCCGUCGUCUUCCCCUUUGAUCCAGACGUGCCGGCAACGAGGCGCCGGGAUUCAACCAUGGACGACACUGCGUUCUGGAAGUGUCGGGAAGAGCUCGACGGCGAGCGUGACCUCUGCGAGUCGCUGCUCAACAUCUGGCAGCGUUGUGCGUCGCAGCUCACGUUCGACUUGGAUGCAACCUUUGGCCGCACGGAGCAGCCCCGCGCGAGCCUCACGACGACGCCAUCGCAACGCCCGAGCUUGAUCAUGUCGAACAGCAAGCCCAAGCGCGGGAGCUUUGCACCGUUGCUUAUUGUGCUGCGCUCCAUGUACCAGGUCUUGUGCGACGACGAGGCCCAGGAUGAUGCCGACGAUGAGAGCUCUUCGUCCGACGACGACGAUGCGAGUCGCGCGCCGGCACGCCGCCGAAGCCGCCUCAACUCGAUGCCGCUGCCGAUGGACGCGGUGUUUCUCGCGAAGCUCAACAAGCUCGACUACUUUGUACAGGUGCUCAAGCUACCCCAGUUUGUCGCGACGAAGGAAGACACGUCGCUCGUGCACUGGUUCGUCCUCGAACUCGCGCGCCUCAUGCACCACACACAGUCACUCUGCGCGACAGAACCACGCUGGAUGGAGUCGGCGCGCCGUCGUGCCGAGCUCAUUACGCGCUGCCUGCAAGUGACACUCGCGUCGACGGACGAGCUGCGCCACAUGCUGCAGCACGAGGACUUUGUCUGGACGGAAACCGAGGUCUACCGCCGUGACUUGUUUUACCACGAGCACCUCGAGACGUUGCGCGACUCGCAGCUCAAGAAGCGCGCGGCGUUUCAGAGCGCGGUCCAGAACGAGACGGACCAAGCGCGCAGUGCGAAACAAAUCGUAUUUCUGCGGGUGCGGCCCUUGUCCGACCCAGUGUGGCGCAAGCAAGCCAAGGAGUACGACGACUGGAUGAAUCUCGAGCGGCUACUGCGCUGGAACAUUCAGCACGAGUGGCAACUCGACGCGUUCACGUCGUCCAAGUGACAGCGCUGCCGCCUCCUCCCCGACGUUGCGCCCAGCAAGCCGUACACAAAACAGCAGUCGCACGCCAACGCGUCGAUGACCGACGCUUUUU